AUGAGCAAUGAAGCGUCCAAUAGGUCGAUCAUAGAGCUUCGCAAAGCUGCUAAUGGCACCUGCCGAUGGCUCGUCGAGCACGAAACUCUGAUCCAAUGGACACAUCAGAAUCGAGGUCUCCUAUGGAUCAAGGGGAAACCUGGGUCGGGCAAGUCAACCAUGAUGAAGUACGCGCUUCGAGAACUUCCUGCUCAUUACGGGCCCGACACGCAGGCGUUUGACUUCUUUUUCCAUGGCCGCGCCUGGCGGACACCACUUGGCCUCUUCCGAUCUCUCCUACAUCAGCUGCUCAGCUGUAUGCCCGGCGCCUUGUUCGACUUGGUCGAUGAUUUCGACGCCAAGCGGAAGUCAGUAGGAGAGCCAGGAGAGAAGUGGCAAUGGCAUCUACAAACACUACAAAAGUACUUCGAGUCUGCGCUUCUGAGAAUUCUGAAGAGAUUUCCAGUCAUUCUCUUCAUCGACGCCCUCGAUGAGUGUGGCCGACAACCCGCUCUAGAACUGAUUCAGUACCUACGGUGGAAACUUUCAUGCCUUCCUCCAAGUGAUUUCAAGUUUGGCAUUUGCUUCUCCUGUCGUCACUGCCCUAUUCUGGAGCUCGACGGCGGCUUGACAGUAAUACUGGAGUCUGAAAACCAACAGGACAUCGCCACAUUCGUUGAAGCCCACAUCUCCACCAGUCACCUAGAUACCGAGGUUGGAAAAUUGAUUAUUCAACACGCUCAGGGUGUUUUUAUGUGGGCACGCCUGGUCUUGAGACAAGUGCUACUACUGGACCAUGACGGAGCACCAACAGCUGAGAUCAUAGCUGAAAUUGAGCGGAUACGGGAAGACUUAAACGGCGUCUACAUCGAGCUCGUCAAGGCUGUUACGCAUCGCUCGACCACCUUCAAGCUGAUGCGAUGGAUCUGUUUCUCCACAAGACCUUUGACAACAGAAGAGUUGCAAUGGGCCAUGGUAGCCGAUCCUGUUGGCGCGUGGACAUCGCUCGAUGAGUGUCGGGCUUCAAAAGAUUUUAUCCAAGACAACAAGAUAGACAGAAGAAUCAACAGUCUAAGCUCCGGUCUGGUAGAGAUUAUUCCAUCUCAGGGUGCCCAUAUUGUUCAGUUCAUUCAUCAGUCAGUCAAAGAUUUCCUCACAGAGGAAGGGUUGUGGGCCUUGAACGGCAUGACAGGAGUCGCACACGAGCUAGUCUCGACUUCCCACUGCCUUCUCUCCCAAGCUUGCCUCUAUUAUCUAAAAAUGGACGUACACUCUCAAGGGCAGGCAUUUUCUGAGGCAGACACAUCCAAGUUUCCUUUUGCUCGCUAUGCUGUCGAAUCGUGGGUGUCUCACGUGAAAUUGGGGGAACCCCCAAAUUCAUCUCCAGAACUUUCUCAGUUUGCUCGAAUGGCCAGGGGAAUACGGACUUUGAGGAUUCUUUCAUGCUUGCUGGUAGAUUUGGUUGAUGAGGUUGGCGAGGCUAACGGACAUGAAGGAGUCAUCCAGGUGCUUCUAGACACAGGCAAGGUCGAGGUCGACUCGAAAGAUAAAGAGGGGCGAACGCCUCUGUCAUGGGCAUCUGAGAACGGACAAGAAGGAGUCGUCCAGAUGGUUCUAGACACUGGAAAGGUCGACGUUGCUGCAGAGGAUGUCCGCGGGUUGACUGCAUUGCAAGUCGCCGGUUUUAAUGGCCAUUCAGGGACAGAGGAAAUGCUCAUAGCACGGGGCGCUCCUACUGGCGAGACUGUUGUCCUUUCAUAG